AUGCCUGAACUAACUUUUCAACAAAACGAUCCUUUUAUUAUGAAAUUAUUCCCUUCUGAUUGUUUUGUUUGUGGAAGGGAAAUAGAUAUUGAAGGAUGGUGUGAAAGUUGUGAGUCCGAUGCCUUUGAAGAAAAUUUUAAAAAUUGGACCAGCGGAAAUCCUAAUAUUGAUGAUUUUAUCAAAAAUACUCAGCUAAAUGCAACCGAAAGAGGGUCUUACUUAGAAUAUAUUGAUUUUGAUCAGUUUGAAUCAGUCGAAUAUAUAAAAAAUACUUCAUAUAGUACCAUUUAUUCAGCAAUGUGGAUGGAAGGUCCUCGACAGACUUGGGAUGAAGAUGCUGAACAAUGGAUACGUGACGGGCCAACACGUGUUGCGCUUAAAAGAAUUGAUAAUUCACUUAAUAUUAGUGAAGAAUAUUUAAAUCAAAUGUAUAAACAUCGAACUUGCUUUCGAAAAGGAAAAUUAGCAUACUACUACGGCAUAACCAAAGUCUCGGAAACUUUUAUGGUCGUUAUGAAAUAUUAUGAUGAACAAGACUUGUACUCAUAUUUGAGUAAAACAUUUGGGAUUCUUAGAUUCGAAACCAUUGUUGAUAUGCUUUGGGAUAUAACUGGAGGUCUCGAAAUACUUCACGACAAUGAACUAAUUCAUGGAAAUAUCCAUAGCGGAAAUAUAUUAAUCAAUAAAGUUGGUUCAAAUAAUAUAGGAUUGGUAGAUACAAGCAUUGCGGACGUAGGUAUGCAUGACUCAAUUGAAAAGAAUCCAAUCGAAAAAUUUCGAGCACUUCGUUUUGUAGCUCCUGAAAUUUUAUACGGCUUUCCGCCAACCAAAGCUAGCGACAUCUAUAGCGUUGGAAUGAUCAUGCGGACUUUAGGAGCUGCAUAUCAUCAUUCAGCAACGGAAAAAAUUCCGGAUAUUUAUAUUGAAUUAAUGAACCAAUGCUUAGACCCUGAUCCUUCAAAACGUCCAACAAUAUUUGAAUUAUUUGGGGAGCUUGAAAAUAGUUUAUUCUUUGAAGAUUGA